AGAGUGCCACCCUCGGGCUCGCGCACCUCCCCAAGAUGGCGGCGCCCGAGGCCUGGCGCGCCCGGAGUUGCUGGUUCUGUGAGGUAGCGGCGGCAACGACCAUGGAGGCCACGUCCCGGGAGGCGGCGCCAGCGAAGAGCUCGGCCUCGGGCCCCAGCGCUCCCCCCGCCCUGUUCGAGCUGUGCGGGCGGGCGGUGAGCGCCCAUAUGGGGGUUCUGGAGAGUGGGGUGUGGGCCCUCCCAGGCCCAAUACUUCAAAGCAUCUUACCUCUGCUCAAUAUAUAUUACUUGGAGAGGAUUGAGGAAACUGCCCUCAAGAAAGGCCUCUCUACUCAGGCCAUUUGGCGCCGACUAUGGGAUGAGCUGAUGAAGACAAGGCCUUCCAGUCUGGAAAGUGUGACCUGUUGGCGAGCCAAGUUUAUGGAGGCCUUUUUUUCCCAUGUUCUACGUGGGACCAUUGAUGUGUCUUCCGACAGGCGUCUUUGUGACCAGCGCUUCUCGCCUCUCCUGCAUAGCUCCCGCCACGUCCGGCAGCUCACCAUCUGCAACAUGCUGCAGGGGGCAACUGAGCUGGUGGCAGAGCCCAACCGCAGGGUUCUGGAGACCCUGGCCAGCUCCCUGCACACCCUCAAGUUCCGACACCUGCUCUUUUCUGAUGUGGCUGCUCAGCAGUCACUUCGGCAGCUGUUACACCAGCUUAUUCACCAUGGGGCCGUCAGCCAGGUGUCGCUGUACUCCUGGCCUGUGCCUGAGUCAGCCCUUUUCAUUCUCAUCCUCACCAUGAGUGCUGGCUUCUGGCAGCCAGGCCCCGGGGGCCCCCCCUGCCGCCUCUGUGGAGAGGCCUCCCGAGGCCGGGCCCCAUCCCGAGAUGAAGGGUCUCUCUUGCUGGGCUCACGCCGGCCUCGCCGGGAUGCUGCUGAGCGAUGUGCUGCAGCGCUGAUGGCCUCGCGGCGGAAGAGCGAAGCCAAGCAGUCGGCCAGAGCCACACCCGCCACUCGUGUAACACGCCGGAGCACACAGGGCCUGACAACAGGCGGGACAGACCCUAAGAGGGAGCUGCUCCCUCCAGCCACCUCCCAUGAGGCUCCUGGCCCCAAACGCCCACCCUCUGCUCCAGCCACCACCUCCUUUGCCUCUGCCUCUUCCUCCACAUCAUCUAAACGGGCUCCAGCUAGCUCAGCCCCACAGCCUAAGCCUCUGAAGCGCUUUAAGCGAGCUGCAGGGAAGAAGGGUGCUCGCACCCGUCAGGGGGCUGCCGUAGAGUCUGAAGACCUGUAUGACUUUGUUUUCAUUGUGGCGGGUGAGAAGGAGGAUGGGGAAGAGAUGGAGAUCGGGGAAGUGGCCUGUGGCGCUCUGGGUGGAUCCGAGCCCGGCUGCCUGGGGCUCCCAGCGCUGGAGGCGGCCCAGAGGUUCCGCAGCAUCUCCACCUUGGAGCUCUUCACGGUUCCCCUCUCCACAGAGGCGGCUCUGACGCUGUGCCACCUGCUAAGCUCCUGGGUGUCUCUGGAGAGCCUCACACUUUCCUAUAAUGGCCUGGGCUCUAAUAUCUUCCGCCUGCUGGACAGCCUGCGGGCUCUGUCAGGCCAGGCUGGAUGCCGUCUCCGGGCCCUACAUCUCAGUGAUCUGUUCUCACCACUGCCCAUUCUGGAGCUGACACGUGCCAUUGUGCGAGCCCUGCCCCUGCUACGGGUCCUCUCCAUUCGUGUUGACCACCCCAGCCAGAGGGACAACCCUGCUGUGCCGGGGAAUGCAGGGCCCCCUAGCCACAUAGUUGGGGAUGAGGAGAUACCAGAAAACUGCCUGGAACAAUUGGAGAUGGGAUUUCCACGGGGAGCCCAGCCAGCCCCACUGCUCUGCUCUGUACUAAAGGCCUCAGGUUCUCUGCAGCAGCUGUCCCUGGACAGCGCCACCUUUGCCUCUCCCCAGGACUUUGGGCUUGUGUUACAGACACUCAAAGAGUACAACCUCACCCUGAAGAGGCUGAGCUUCCAUGACAUGAACCUGGCUGACUGUCAGAGCGAGGUGCUCUUCUUGCUCCAGAAUUUGACUCUUCAAGAGAUUACCUUCUCCUUCUGCCGCCUGUUCGAGAAGCGCCCAGCCCAGUUUCUGCCUGAGAUGGUUGCUGCUAUGAAGGGCAACUCCACACUGAAGGGCCUCCGGCUGCCAGGGAACCGCCUGGGAAACGCUGGCCUGCUGGCCCUGGCAGAUGUCUUCUCAGAAGACUCAUCCUCCUCCCUGUGUCAGCUGGAUAUCAGUUCCAACUGCAUCAAGCCAGACGGGCUUCUGGAGUUCGCCAAGAGGCUAGAGCGCUGGGGCCGUGGAGCCUUUGGUCACCUGCGUCUCUUCCAGAACUGGCUGGACCAGGAUGCAGUCACAGCCAGGGAAGCCAUCCGACGGCUCCGGGCCACCUGCCAUGUGGUUAGCGACUCGUGGGACUCAUCCCAAGCCUUUGCAGAUUAUGUCAGCACCAUGUGAUGGGCCCACGCCUCCAAGGCCCAGGCUCAGUACCAUCAGCUUGCAGGGGCUGAGGCAUGGGCUGCCCAGAACUCCCAAACACCAAUUCUGUCUCUCUCUUUCUGCCACCUGUUUUUCUCUUUUUUCCUUCUUCCCUCGCGCUGAGGUCCUGGAGGGUUUGAUGAUGGAACCCAGCAAAGAAAGGCAUUCCCACAACUGGGUUUAGAGCCUUUGGGCCCGUCCCCAGUACCCUGGGAGCCUUGGGCCGGGAGGUUACAGUGGUCAUCUGUUGCUGAGGACAGCCCCCCCCGGACCCGGGAUUCCUGCUCUCCCUCCUCAAGCAGGCAGCCAGGCUUUAGAGGCGUGCACAAGUGCCCACGACCCGGCCUCUCCUCUGCUGGGCUCACCAUGCCGUCCCCAGGCCUCAGUCCUCUCACACCUUUAUUCCUUCCUUUUCUUUUUUAACCAAAAGGUUUUCUUAUAAAAAUAAAUUUUGGGCAAACAUCA